GGCUGAACACUUACAGUUGGGCUAAUCGGUACUCUCGGUACAGACUUUACAAAUUUGAUGGUAACCGGCGCUUAUAUAAGAUAAUAAUUGUACCGGAAAGUAGGACGAGUUGAAUUAUUGGAGCGGUUCGGUUCAGUAAUGUGGGUGUGCGUGUGAGGAGAGACACUCAGCCCCGAUACAGCCCGCAGCCAGAACAUGGCGGAACACUGGCACAACACUGAGCUUUGCUGCUAAGCUAAUGUAGUUGAGCAUGAAAACAUUGGUCUGAGUUUAACAUUUCACAAACACAACUGGGCCUUAAUGGGCCAGUGAUGCUAUCGGGUUGUUUAUAUAUAUUUUCUUUAUUUUUUUUACACUGGGUUAGGUUUAAAGUGAAGUCAGAAUGUUAAAGACGAGCAGAUAGCCUGCGUUAGGCUAGGACGGCUAGUUAGCUUGGCUAACUAGUACUGUUUGGCUCCAUUUAGCUGUAGCACAGAGCUAAUCUGAAAGGGCAUCUAAAAUAUUUUUUUUUCCCUAAUUUGUUUUGUGUGGGGUUUUUAAAUAUCAAUUUGCAAAGUAACUCGGUCACCAGUGUCGGAAUUAAUAUUGCAGGACUAUGUUGUGGAUAAAUGUGAACACACAGCUUUACGCCGAGACGUCAGGAAUGACAACAGGUAGCCGUUAAGUGUCCAGUCUACAAUUAUCUGUUCAGCGGGUCUAACACGGGAUUCUGGAAAUAAUAUUACCACAGCAAAAGUCAGACUAAAUUCAGAUCCAGGAUGACUGACACUCGGAGACGGGUGAAGGUCUACACCCUGAAUGAGGACCGACAGUGGGAUGAUCGAGGUACAGGACAUGUAUCAUCUGGAUAUGUAGAGCGACUCAAAGGCAUGUCUCUGCUGGUGCGUGCUGAAAGUGAUGGGUCUUUAUUGCUCGAGUCCAAAAUUAACCCCAACACGGCUUAUCAAAAGCAACAGGACACAUUGAUUGUCUGGUCAGAAGCUGAAAACUAUGACCUGGCCCUCAGUUUUCAGGAGAAAGCUGGGUGUGAUGAGAUUUGGGAGAAAAUUUGUCAGGUUCAGGGCAAGGACCCGUCGGUGGAUAUAACCCAGGAGAUAAUAGAUGAGUCAGAGGAGGAGCGGUUUGAGGACAUGUCCUCACCAGGCCUGGAGCUUCCACCAUGCGAGCUUUCACGGCUGGAAGAGGUGGCCGAGAUGGUGGCAUCAUCACUGCCGUCACCACUGCGGCGCGAAAAACUAGCGCUGGCGCUGGAAAACGAGGGCUACAUCCGCAAGCUGCUGGAGCUGUUCCGAGUUUGUGAGGACCUGGAAAACCGGGAGGGUCUGCACCACCUGUACGAUAUUGUCAAGGGGAUUUUCCUGCUGAACCGCACAGCACUUUUUGAAGUCAUGUUUUCAGACGAGUGCAUCAUGGAUGUGAUUGGGUGCCUGGAGUUUGACCCAGCACUUCCACAGCCACGACGCCACCGCGAGUUCCUCACCACCACGGCACGCUUCAAGGAGGUCAUACCCAUUACGGACCCUGAGCUGCGGCAGAAGAUACACCAGACCUAUCGUGUGCAGUACAUACAGGACAUGGUGCUUCCAACGCCCUCUGUGUUUGAGGAGAACAUGCUGUCCACCUUGCACUCAUUCAUCUUUUUCAACAAGGUGGAGAUUGUCGGCAUGCUCCAGGAUGAUGAGAAGUUUUUAACUGAGCUUUUUGCGCAGUUAACAGAUGAAGCCACAGAUGAUGACAAAAGACAAGAAUUGGUAAAUUUUCUGAAGGAGUUUUGCGCGUUCUCACAGACUCUACAACCACAAAACAGAGAUGCAUUUUUCAAAACGCUUUCCAACAUUGGAAUUCUACCAGCAUUGGAAGUUAUACUGGGUAUGGAUGAUGUGCACGUGCGGGGAGCAGCCACGGAUAUCUUCUCUUACCUGGUGGAAUACAACCCCUCUAUGGUGCGCGAGUUUGUCAUGCAGGAGUCGCAACAGAAUGAUGAUGAUAUCCUGUUAAUUAAUCUGAUCAUUGAGCACAUGAUCUGUGAUACAGACCCUGAGCUUGGGGGAGCUGUGCAGCUGAUGGGGCUGCUCAGGACACUGGUGGACCCUGAAAACAUGUUAGCGACUGCUAAUAAAACCGAGAAGUCUGAGUUCUUAAGUUUUUUCUACAAGCACUGCAUGCAUGUGCUCUCAGCCCCACUGCUGGCUAAUACCACUGAGGAGAAACCCGGCAAAGAUGAUUUCCAGACGUGCCAGCUACUGGCGCUGAUCGUGGAGCUUCUCACCUUCUGUGUGGAACAUCACACGUAUCACAUAAAGAACUACAUCAUCAACAAAGACAUUCUGCGCAGAGUGCUGGUACUCACCGCAUCCCAACAUGCAUUUCUAGCUCUAUGUUCUUUACGAUUCAUGAGGAAAAUCAUCGGCCUUAAGGAUGAGUUCUACAAUCGCUACAUAAUGAGGAACUUUCUGUUUGAGCCAGUGGUCAAAGCAUUCCUCAGCAACGGUUCCAGAUACAACCUCAUCAACUCAGCCAUAAUAGAGAUGUUUGAAUAUGUUCGUGUGGAUGUGAAGUCAUUGACGGCUCAUAUCAUGGAGAACUACUGGAAGGCCCUGGAGGAUGUCGAUUAUGUUCAGACAUUUAAGGGUCUUAAGCUUCGGUAUGAGCAGCAGAGAGAAAGGCAGGACAACCCUAAACUUGACAGCAUGCGGUCAAUACUGCGGAACCACCGUUUCCGGCGAGACGCACGAACGUUAGAGGAUGAGGAGGAGAUGUGGUUUAAUGAUGAAGAGGACCUGGAGGAUGGUGAAGCAGUGGUGCCGCCAUCAGACAAAAUGAAGAAUGAUGAGGAUCUGAUGGAUCCUAUCAGCAAGUUUAUGGAAAGAAAAAAGUUGAAAGAGUCAGAGGACAAAGAAGUGUUAUCGGGGAAGUCUGGGCGACAAAGCCCCAGUUUUAAACUGUCCUUCGCCAGCUCAACCAAGCCCAGUCUCUCAUCACCCACCACGGCCUCACUGCACACUGGCUCUCCAGGCUCGGGGUCCAGGAACUCUCCACCCACGGCAGCUGUCACUACUAAGGGUGGUUUGGUGGGGCUGGUGGACUAUCCCGACGAUGAUGAAGAUGACGAAGACGAAGAAGAUUCAGACAGUAAAGAGGAGAGUCCCCCACUGUCCAAGAAAUCAAAGCUCAGCUCCUAAAGCACUCCCUGCCCAGUCGCCAUGGUAAAGCUCGGAGGGAGCCUUAUCCACAGACUCAUCAGAGCGUCCAGUCUAGAACUUCAAAUCCAACCAAUAUGAAUGAUUACACAAAUGAACGGAUAAAAGAAUAAACGCUGCCCCCAAACCCCUACCGGAGUCCGAGGGGAUGCCAUGUGGAACAUGAGAAAGGGAGAGCAAGAAAGAGGGAAGGAGAAUCGUCUCGGAGCGUCUCCAAACAAAGGAUUCAAGUGCCAAUCGGAGACAGCGAGAAAGACUUAAGUGGAAAGAGAGCGAAGACUAGAAGAUAAAACUGUGGACUAAUGAUAAGGAUUCCAAACAAAAUUUCAACAAAGCUAAAAGUACUAGGGGGUUAAGACAUUACACAGACAACACACACUCAGAGACUGGUGCCCCACAGAGCAUCCCAGGCUCGGACCAGGACACACUGCCCCCCCUCUCAGGGAAGGACGUCACAUGACCCGAAUGGGCCAGCCAAUCCUGAACUACCACUCACCUUCGCUGACUCCCAUGUCCAUUUCUUUCUCUCUUUCCUCUGUCUCUUUUAUCUGCCCCCUUUUGUUCUUUCGCUUUUUUUUUUUUGUUCUUGUUAACGGAGCCUGCCAGUAGACCCGGGGGCAGAGCGGUCUUGAGUUGUCAUUGUUGAUGUCAUCUUUGUCCUUGUGGCUCAGCGGAAGUUCUUCCUCUUUCAAAGCCAGCGGUUUCCUCCUUAUUUUCUCGUUCUGUUCUUCUCUUCCUCUCCCUUUUUUUAAAACGAAAAAAAAAGAGACCUGCCUUUAAAUGUUCAGGACGUUUUCAGUCGCACUUGAACAGGUUUUUAAAACCUCAUUAGGGGGAAGAGUUAGUUUUACCCUUUUUUUGCCCUUUGAAACUGCAGAUUUUUUUGGAAAAUUUGUAAGCCCGUCUUGAUUAAAGAUUGAGUGGAACUCUA